AUGGAGCGAACUCCGAGCAAACCUGCUUCCACCGUCUAUCCAUGGAUGGACACUGAACAUGUCACUGGGCACUUGAGGAAAUGUUUCAAAUUCGUUUAUGACAAAGUCAAGUUACUGAACGGCCGGGUGGACGGCAUGGAAGCGCAAAUGACGCAUCUCAAACAGCUUGUCGAGGACGUUAAGACAAAGUCCGAAGCGGACAAUCAAGGACUGCAAGGCGAUAUUGAUGCUCAGAAGGCGCAGAAUCAGCAGCUGCGAAACGAACUGGAUGCUGAGAGGGAUCGAAACCAGCGACUAGAGACUACGAUCAAGGAUUCACAACAGUCAAUCACCCGGACCAGUCAACAGUUGAAUGAUCUCUCCAACAAGUUUCGUGCCCACGAGACUAUCGCUACUGCAAAGUUGCAAAGGACAGAUCGAAUCGUGCCAGAUCUCAAGCAACGGAUUGAUUCGCUGGAACGGUCCGAUAAUACCUACAGUCAGAGCAUUGUCGAACUGCGAAACCACCUAGAAGAUCGCUUCGAGACAGCAGUGGUUCAUACCCAAGAAGGCUUGCUUCACAACCAAACCGCCUACAUCAAUGGUCUAGGACUCCUCAGAAAUGAGACAGCGGAAAAACUCGCUACUCUGACAGAUCACCUCUCCACCGCUGUCGAUACCGUGCAAGCACAAUCCCACGAGCAUAAGGAAGCGUUCGAAAAGACCGCUCUGCUUCUGGACCGUAACUCUCAGCGUAUAGAAGAGCUCGGAAAUGCGAUGGUAGAGCCACAGCUCCUGGAAGGCAUGAAACACCGCGUCGAAAAGCUUGAGACUGCCGUGGAAUCACAUAAUGCGGCACUGCAAGCUUCUCAGGCCACGACUACCAGACUCGAGUCCCUAGAUGCCCGUCUGGGCGUGUCGGAAGUCGCUCCCCAAUCUAUUCAAACCCCGACCUUGACCCCUCCAACUACCACGACAGCUACUCCCGCUCUCGACGAUCUUCGGAAUAAGGUUGAUACAGUCCACUUACAAAUGAAGAACGAACUGGCCUCAUUCGGAAGUUGCAAAGAACGGCUCGAGGCAUUGGAAGAGCACCGCGUCACAGCUACAUCUCUGAAACUUAACAAAAGGGUCAGCGUAUUGGAAGAGAACUACAACAAGAUGCGCAAUGACCAUUCAGACAUGACCGCCAAGUGUGUUACCCACGAGCACUUUGGCGCUGCGAGGAAUUCCAUUGUCGACUCCCUCCACACAAUCAUUCGAAACCACCGGGACGAAGUGAAGCAGGAGAUGGCUUAUGAUGUUGAACUCCUUGAUGGGCGAUGGGGUCAGCACCUAAAAAACAUAGAGACCUCUCUCAAGAAGGUUGUUAAGGACAACGUAUUCCCCGUGAGUACCUAUCAGAUCAUUUUCAUGAUGUCUGCUUGA